GUCUAUCCUUUUGCUUAUAAUUUCAUUAACUUUCUUUACAGAUAAUUUCCAUUGCAGGAUGGCCAUUGCAACCUUUACUUUGCCUCUUACAUAUUUCCCUCAACGUCACAAAUUACCAUUUUUUUGUUGUUGCAGCAGCAGCAGCAGCUCACUUAAGCAGUCAAAUUCUGUGCCUUCAAAUUGUAUAGCCAACAAAGCGUUGCAGGAAAUCCAAAAUUCUGGUGUUAUUGCUUGCCUUCGAACCCAAAAUGCAGACCUGGCGACUCGAGCUGCACGUGCCGCACUGGAUGGUGGAAUAUCAGUUCUGGAAAUUGUGGUGUCCACUCCAGAUGCUUUCGAGGUGUUAAGAAACCUAGUACAUGAUUAUCCCACAAAAACUUUCGGAGUUGGGACAGUGUUACAGGCAAAAGAUGCCAAAGAUUCUAUAAAUGCUGGAGCUAAGUUUCUUAUGAGUCCUGCAACAGUUAUGGAUAUUCUAGUUGGCGUCUCAGAGAGUGAUGCUCUGUAUAUACCUGGGGUAAUGACCCCCAUGGAGAUAUUAUCUGCUUUCAAUGCAGGUGCCAAGAUUGUCAAGGUUUAUCCUGUCUCUGCCUUAGGUGGUAUUGGGUACAUUUCAGCUCUGAAAAGGCCUUUUUCUCAUAUCCCUCUGGUUGCAUCACAAGGCGUAACAAUAGAUUUGAUUGGGCAAUACAUUGGUCAGGGAGCAUCAGCAGUUGUUCUAUCAGAUGCCAUAUUUGACAAAGGGGCGAUGAGUCAAUGGAAUUUUGAUAAGAUAUAUCAACUUGCCAGCCAUGCAGCUUUGCAGGGUAAACAAGCUGUUGAAAGGUCAGAACAUUAACUGCUGAUGCAUCUUUUCGAUUUGUUAAAUCCUCAUGGAACUGAAGGUAUUUUCAAGAAACCAGAAAUGAGAUUAAGACAUCCUGCUCGAAAUUUGGUAAGCAAGUAUGUGUUUUUCACUUUUAGUGCCUAGAUAGAUUUGCUAUGCAAUGGGUUUUUGGCCCAGUUAUGAUACCUUAGUCCCUAACCCUGUCUGUCUUCCUCGAACAAACACCACAAAAAGAAAAAUUAAAACUUGCUCGUUUUCACCAUUUUCCUGAAUAUGUAUAUUCAUGAUUCUUGGAGAAAAAUGUCUUGAAUGUUGUGGAAA